AUGUUUGAGGCCCUUCUGUCAACCCUGCUCUUCUUGCCGUGGGUGACCCCUGUCCCCCCUACCCCCACACCCUGCCAGCGCUGCUGUGACCAUCUGGAGCCACCAGAGGGCGACGUGGUGCACAUACCCGAGAUUCGCACACACAUUGACAUGACCAUCCUGAAAGGCGAUAAGGGUGAUCGUGGGGAGAGAGGGACUCCAGGCAUACAGGGAGUGGAGGGCCAAUCAGGUAGCGCAGGCCCCGAGGGCCCCAAGGGCUCCAAGGGUGGGUCGGGCCCCCCUGGGGCCCCCUGCCAGCGGCAGCACGCGGCCUUCUCCGUGGGCCGGCGCAAGGCCCUGCACAGCGAGGAGCACUACCAGACGCUGCUCUUCGACGUCACCUUCGUCAACCUGGACGCCGACUUCGACAUGUUCUCGGGCCGCUUCCGCUGCCGCGUGCCCGGCGUCUACUUCUUCAACGUGAACGUGCACACGUGGAACUUCAAGGAGACGUACCUGCACGUGAUGCAGAACGACACGGCGCGCGCCAUCGUGUACGCGCAGCCCAGCGAGCGCUCCAUCAUGCAGAGCCAGAGCGUCCUGCUGCCGCUGGGCCGCGGCGACCAGGUGUGGCUGCGGCUCUUCAAGCGCGAGAGGGAGAACGCCAUCUACAGCGACGACACCGACAUCUACGUCACCUUCAACGGCCACCUCAUCAAAGCCGACGACGAGUGAAUGGGCUUGUGUGUGUGUGUGUGUGUGUGUGUAUCAUGAAUCCAGGUGUCAGGAAGGAGUCACCAUAUGUGUGUGUGUAUGUGUGUGUGUGUGUGUGUGUGUGUGUGUGUGUGUGUGUGUGUAUCAUGAAUCCAGGUGUCAGGAAGGAGUCACCAUAUGUGUGUGUGUGUGUGUGUGUAUGCAUUGGUUUGCCCUCAUGUUGUGAGGACAUUUGACCUGUGUACGUACAGACUAUGUGAGAACGUACCUGAGCUGUGGGGACGAGAAGUGUAGGAGCACUCAUCAAGAUGCAACUUAACCCCUUCUGCCUUGUCUCUGUAUGUCUUCAUAGUGUUGUUACAUCUACAGUUGUGUGUGUGUGUGUGUGUGAGUGUGUGUCAGACUCCAUCAAAACAAUAUCAGGAAAGCGUCAGGGGUGCGUUUUUUUUUGUAUCAUUCCAUGUAUCAGUUUCAUUUUACAUCGGAUGUUUAGAUUUCAUUUGUUUUUAAAAAGAUGAGUUGGUGCUAUUAGUGGAUCAUCAAAAGCAGCAUGCACAGCAUGUCUGCUCAGUACUGUGUCUUUGGUGCUAUUGCAAGUUUUUUUGAUUGACUCCCUGAAAUGUAUUUAUGAUCACAAACAAAUCAAAGCUUCGCUCUGUAAUCUGCAUUCAUUAAGCAACUAUACAGCUGCACCUGUACCACAGAUCUCUCACAAUCAGCUUCAGCAACGACAACUAAUUUAGUCCAUUUCUUUUGUCAAUGACUUUCACGCUUGCUGUGAGCCAUUCCUGUGCCAGAUCCUAGCCAGGUCAGGGCCAGCUCUGGGCCAGCAGAACUGGCUCCGUCACCUCCCGCCUGGUUUGCUACCCUUUUGAUUCAUAUCUGAGUCGAGAGAAUACGUCGGCCACAUCAGUCGAACCACAGAGCCCCGUUCAAACACGGCUUAUUAUCACAGGGAUUAACCCCGACACCUACACAUCACAACUUCAUGCUGAUACAAAAGCAAGAUAGCAUCAAACCACGGUAAUCUCACUUCUGAAGACUGCUCAGCAAAAGCAGAAACCAACUUAGAAACGUAAGGCGCAUCAGUGUGUGCACGUGUGCAUACACAUGCACGCAUACACGUAGACACACACACAGAGCGUCACAUAUUGUUUUUAAGAUCUUCUGUCAUUAUUUGGCUACUUGUAAUGUAAGCAUGCAAUUAAUAGAGUGAUUCCAAUUAAAUCUAACUUUAAGUCUCUCAGGGUUUCUAAAAAGUCUUUGCAUAUAACAGGAUAAAUUGAAUGAGUUUCCUUGGUAUUUUCCUUGUAUUUUGAGUUUUGUAAAAUUGCACCAUUGCACCAAAUCUACAAGAGAAAAUUAUGAGAUGGCCUGCAGUGUAAUUGCAGCUUCAGCUUAAAAGUGGAAUUAAAUGUUUAAUAUGAUGUCAAUACUUUAACCCUUCAUCUUGGAUGUCACAUAAACAUUCACAUAGGCAUUCAGCAUAAAACAAAACAGGUGCACUCUUUUUUCCUGAUACAA